UUAGAGCGGAUGGACCCGUUCGGUAGGUAGGUACUGCGCAUGCGCGGAGGCAAUGUGGUUAUGAAAAUGAUCUUUGCAUGACGGGGUUUCCUGAGAUAAAUAGAGUAUACACAAACACUGAGGGACGAUGGCGGAGGAAGAGUCGGAGGGGAAGACAAAGGGCUUCAGGCUGUUGGGGAUUCUGGAUAUCCAGAACACUCCGUGUGCCAGAGAAGCCAUCCUGCAUGGAGCUGGGGGCUCGAUAGCUGCUGGGCUGCUUCACUUUCUGGCCACAAGUCGGGUGAAGAGGUCUUUUGACGUGGGAUUUGCAGGCUUUAUGCUCACUACACUCGGGUCCUGGUUUUACUGCAGGAUAAACAAUGCCAGGUUCCGUGUGCAGCAGAGGAUGGUCCAGGACGGCAUCAAGAACAAGGUCGUGUAUUCGGGGACUGUUCUAGACCCAGCAAACAAGCCCGGAGCAGAGACACCAUCAGGGCCCUCAUGACCUCCAGCUCUGAAAUACCUCCCCCUCCUCUGGGAGAAUUAGAGAGGACUGUCGGUGUCCUAUAAAGACUUAAUGUAUCUCAAAAAGACUGACUUCGAUUGCACAAAUGAUGGAAGGAACUAAAAUUCCAGUACUUUAUGUGUUUUGUGUGUUUGUCUGAGAACUUGAGACCCCUACAUAUGGAUUUUUUGAUUGAGAAGCAAGCUGCGCUUAUAGUGUACACUGAUCCUUAAACAACAUAAAAAACGUUUAAAUUUAAUAUUUUCUAAAUGUCGUUCCACCCCUCCGUUCACCUCGUAAAUGUACCAGUUAAAUUCUCACUCCCCCUCAACCCCCUGUGAUCAUUGACAUGCUGUGAAUUCACUGACUCCUGUCUUCUGUCUGAAAUCUUAAAUUCACAUCAAACCUUGAUUUUUGUUUUCUGUUAGUAUUUAAAAGCUGAAUUUGUUGAAAAUAAAUUAUAUACUGAUGUAAUAAUGAGUUUGUGUAGUCUGUGAUGUUUCAUCAGAGCUGCUGAAAUUGCAAGUUAUUGUUAAAUCUGCAUUUUUCCUUAGAACAGGUAUCUCUGCCUUCUAAACGUCCUCACCCAAUAAAUUAGUACGUCUGAAAUUAAAUGACUAGCUUUUUAGAAAUUUUGAAAAUGUGUUUGCUUCAGUGAGAUAGAAACUAUAUUUCAUGCUGUUUCA